AUGCCUUUGCAGAAGACAUCCUCGCUCAAGACUUAUUUUGACGAGCUAGAAGAGACCAACGGCGAUGAAGAAUGCAAAGCCUGGCUCAGCAGAGCUUUUGACUUACGGGCUGAACUAGCAGCUUUUGUCGCUAGGCGGCGGGAAGGGGGGGUUCCGGAGAAUAUCUUCGGCGAUAGGCGGCCUGAUGCUAUUAUUCGGUUUCCGAAGCCUGGACACACAGCUUCAGCUUACAGGGACGAAAAGGUUGUGAAUGAGGUCCAGAUCAUGGGAUAUCUACGCCAAAACACCAAUAUCCCCCUUCCUCGUGUUCACAGCUGGGGCUUAAUUUCCGAAAGUCCACAACAACUUGGUCCAUUUAUUAUUAUGGAUUAUAUUAAUAGUAUACCUUUAUCGACUAUCUUGAAACAACCUGAUCUAGAAGAUAUGGUUCUCAACCCGAAUAUCGACAACACAAUCUUAGACAAGAUCUAUCAUCAAAUCGCCUCUUAUAUAUUCCAGCUUUCUCAACUUAAGUUUGCUAGGAUUGGGGCUAUCUCGAAGGACGAUGCUUCAGGAACAUGGCAUGUUACCGGAAGACCCUUAACAUAUAAUAUAAACGAGUUAGCCACUGUUGCCGGCUACCCUGAUGAUCAAUUCCCGACCGCACCAUUUAACCGUGCAAGUGAUUAUCUGAAGUCGCUCGCGAACGAGCAUUUGAUCCAUCUUCAGACCCAGCGCAAUCUUGCCGAUAAUACGGAGAUUGCUCGGAAGCGGUUCACUGCCCGCCAUCGGUUCGCACAGCUGGUGUCAAAGUACUAUCCUGACUCAGAGGACUACGGACUAUUUAUACCCUUCUGCGACGAUAUGCGACCAUCAAAUAUGCUUAUAAACCCGGAAACUUUUCAGAUCACUUCCAUUCUCGAUUUCGAGUUCUCAAAUGCCAUGCCAGCUGAGUUCACGUACGACCCGCCCUGGUGGCUGUUGCUCUCGGGACCGGAAAUGUGGCUUGAGCGCUGCGCGAUGGAUGAAUUUCUGGCUCUCUAUGAACCUAGAAUGGAGCAAUUCUUACGAGCUUUGGAGCAAGUGGAAAGUGAAAUGGCACUAGAGGUCAAACAGCGAGUUGGACUGUCUCUCUCUACCCGAAUGCGUGAUUCAUGGAGGACUGGGCGGUUUUGGUUCGAUUAUGCGGCAAGAAAGAGCUUUGAUGUGGACACCAUCUAUUGGGCAGCAUUACAUAACGACGGUGCGGGUAUUGAGUUGCUUGACGAUGAGGUGCGUGCAGAGAUGGAGCCGUUUACGAAGAUUAAGAUGGAGCAGUUGAAGGCAUAUAAGGAGGAGUGUACUGCUCGUUUUUCCUCGGAUACCUAG